AUGUCAGAUCCAGUGGUCUCUAGAGCUGUGCUGAACAGGCUACAGGCUCGCAGUGAGCUAGCCUUCGCACAGCGCAUAUUGGAUCGUGUUGCCUCAGCUGCUGAGCCCCCCGACGUGGCAGCGGCACUGGCCCGUGAAGUCCUUCCGUCUCCAGCCCGGUACGCCCGAGCGGCCGAUGAGCUGGCGCGCUCGUUGCCGAUGCGUAUCAACGAAGACGCUGCUGCAGCAGCGCGUUCACUGCGGGAUUUGCGAUGCGAAUUCAAACGCUUCAGUUCCCUCUACGCGGAUGGCCGGCUGCUGCCGCUGUCCGUGUUCGUCGCAGCACUGCAGCUGCCGCCGUCAGAGGAGCUCCCUCGACGUCAUUUCCCCUUUAGCCCCGAGCUCAAAUCGCUGAGGAACGAAAUGAUCAAGGAGUACCUCCGCAUAAAACGUGCAAUAGUUCUGCAGCCACGCCUCACAACAAGUAGCUCCUCCAAAGAUCCCUCCUUCGGCUUCAACAACACCAAUACAGCCGCAGACACCAGAAGGCGGAGCUGCUUAGUUGCUCGCUGGGAGGCAUUUGAACGUCGCUGGCUGCAAGAGAGGGAAACGCACGCUGUCGUGGCUCUUCAGCCGCUAGUGUCUGCUGUCGCUGCUGCGGAAGCAGUGCUGAAGAGCAGCAAGCAGCAGCUCGUGCUCCCGGAGCCUUCGGCUACCAAACAGCGCGUGUGCACCUACAGAGCCUUGAGGGCCUUCUGCAACAGCAUCGCCGCUUUGGCGCGUGACCUGCUGCCCGUUGAAUCCAGCAGCAUCUUCCUCGAGGCAAGCAGUCUCGUGUUUGCUGCCGCCAUAGCGGAAGCAGCGGCUCGAGCUGCAGCUGAGAGGGCCCUGGAGAGGCGCAGCCGCCUGUGCUGCUGUGUGUCGCUGUCUGAUGGUGUCCCCGUGCGGCAGGCCGAAGCCCAGGAUGCGCUGCUGGGGAGCGGCCAGCCUGCUGGCAGCAAGACUUCUGCAGCAGCAGACGUGUGGGCUGACCUGCACCUAGCGGGCCUCACUGCAGAGGCUCGCGUUAAUGAGGAGGACAUCGUUGUGUACUGUGUCAAGCGCCAGCAACUGAGUGCAGCGCGCGCAUUGCUGUCAAGCUUCUUUGAGCUGUUGCGGCAAGUGUGGGAAGCGCGCCUCUGCCUCACCCACAUGGGGCCCCUGCUGCCCCUCAGUCGCCCCGCACUUAUGGAGGCCCUCUGGAGCUUCGACAAGGCUUAUGCAGAGUUUCAAAGGCCCCUACCCGUGUCCCUGCAGCCCCUCGAGCCACCCAGAACUCCGCUUCUCCCCACUUGCCCCUCCAUGGAUGAGAGCGGCGUUCAGGCCGUCCUGGGGCAGUGA